UUCUGCGCUGCAGCCAUCUACCUGACGCGCUCUCUCUCAUUCUCUGUUCAGACUUUGGUUCAGGUGGACGCCCAGUGCAGGUCCAGUACCAGGAUGUCUCCGCUGACGUCCCCCAAGUUCUUCAGUGAGAAAGAGGUGGCCCGUCACUGCACCAAGGACUCCUGCUGGGUGCUUCAGGGGACCAAGGUGUACGAUGUGACCGCCUUUUUACGCAUGCACCCGGGCGGUGAGUCGCUUAUUCUCCGCCGGUCAGGAAAGGACGUGAGCCAGGUGAUGGAAGGACCCCCACACCGGCACUCUGACAACGCCCGGAGGUGGAUGGAGCAGUACUACAUCGGGGAACUAGGCAGAGAGAGCGACGCCGAGGAGACACAGAUCCUGAGAGAAAGGAGGAACGCUACUGAACAGACCCCAGACGAGAAUGUGACAAACAAGGACAAGAACGCCCUCUUCGACCGCUGCAGCUCUGUGGACCUUGACAAGGAUCUGGUGGACUGGAGGAAGCCCCUGGCAUGGCAGGUCGGCUACCUUGGAGAGAAAUAUGAUGCCUGGGUUCACCAGCCCGUCGACAGACCAAUAAGACUGUUUGGAAACCCCUUUCUGGAGGCCGGUACCAAGACUUCCUGGUACUGGGUACCAGUGGUCUGGCUUCCCAUUGUGCUCUACUUCAGCUGGUACUGCUACACCGCCCUAGCCAGAGGCACCACAAGGAUACUCCUCACAUCAGACGUCUCUAUCCGAAUCCAUGAGUACUUUUUCCCUCUACUCUUUUUGACGGGCUGGUUUUUGUGGUCAUUCAUCGAGUACUGCAUCCAUCGCUUUGUGUUUCACAUGAACCCACCAGCCCAUAACUACUACCUCAUCACAAUACAUUUUCUCCUGCAUGGACAGCACCACAAGUCUCCAUUUGAUGGCUCUCGGCUGGUCUUCCCACCGGGCCUGGCGUCCCUCGUGGUGGGCUCUUUCUAUGGGAUCCUCCGCAUCAUGCUCCCAGAUAUCCUGGGGUUGUCUGUGUUUGUUGGAGGACUGUGUGGCUACGUGGUCUAUGACAUGAUCCAUUACUACCUUCACUACGGCUCACCAAAGAAAGGUUCCUACAUGUACAGUCUGAAGGCCUACCAUGUGAAGCACCACUUUGAGCACCAAAAAGCAGGUUUUGGAAUCACCUCCACAUUCUGGGACCAUCCCUUCAACACAGUCAUCCCAGAGGAGAAAUUCUAACAGGACCACAAGACUUAUCAAGCACCACUUAAGCAACCAGUCCUGCUCUUAUAAUCCCCCCUCACUUUACUUUCUGCAAAUACAGCUCUGCAAAUCCACUUUCAGGGACUCCAUGAUCACUGCGGUUCACACCCCAGCCUUAUUUUUGAUCGCAGCUUGCAGCACAACUUGUGUCUGUUUCCAUGUGUCUUAUCUGUGUGCAUUUCUUCAAUGUGAUCAUGUCAGUAGGAAGGGCUUUCUGUGCCACUCUUCAAUCAGCAUCUUCUGCUGCUGUCAAUCCCCUUACUAAAUAAUCAACAUGAUCAUCCACAUGAUGCAGAGCAAGAGAGCGUCUCUCACACACACACACACACACACACACACACACACACACACACACACACACACACACACACACACACACACACACACACACACACACACACACACACACACACACACACACACACACAGAGAAACAGAGAAACAUGUCAGUGUAAUCACAUCUGUGUGUUGGAUUAUUAUGGUACCAAUCAGAAGCAAGAAGAGACUAGAACAUAUAAAG